AUGCCAAGGGAAGAGCUACCCAUCGUCAGUUUGCUACUCGAGCGCCAAAGGCAUCAUUUACCUCUUGACUGUUUUCCGAUAGCAGCAAAUAUUAGCAAUUUGCCUCUUUAUCUCGGUGAGGCUGGUGCAGCGCAGGAUAUAGAUUUCUUAAGAGCCAACAAAAUUGAAGCAGUUAUUGCAGUAGGAACUGGAAAUUUGACUGUAAAGCCUUGUGAGAUGCUGUUGAUCGAUAUUCUGGAUAUGGAAGAUGAACUGCUAUUGCCUCACUUUAAUGAAUGCAUUGAAUUUCUCAAGCAGCGUGUAAUGCGUGGUGUUAAACCAAUAGCAGUGCUUGUGCACUGUGUGUAUGGUCAAUCGCGUAGUGCCGCCAUCUGUAUAGCGUUUUUAAUGGCAACGCAAAAGAAAACACUACUGGAGGCAUACGAUGAAGUACAGAAAGCUCGACCAUGCAUCUCAAUAAAUCCUGGCUUUUUAAUGCAGCUUGAGCUAUUUGGGCGGAUGGGGAACGACCCCAAUAUCAUGGGUAAUACACCUGCACAUGCCGAGUUGCGAAAUUUGAUUUGCUGUCGAAAGUGCAAUUAUGUGCUCUGUACGACAAACAACCAGUUGUUGCAUAGGCCAGUCAACGGAGGACUUUGCUCUGGAAUCUACAUAGAACCGAUGAAGUGGAUGACGGGUAUAUCUGUAUUCGUAUCUAGCAACGAUGGCAAGCUGGUCUGUCCAUCUUGCAAGGCAAAGCUUGGCUCAUGGAACUGGAAUGGAGUCAAAUGCAGUUGUAAACACUUUGUCAGCCCAGCAUUUCAGUUAGUACCAAGCAGAAUACAGAGUCGCGCCAAUAAGCAAUGCAGCCAUUAA